AUGGCUGCGAUGAGCACGACCCGACUAAUACCUCCAAUUUCGAGGUUAAACCCGAAUAGGCAGCAUGCCGAAGCGCGUCCUGUUCGUCUGCAGCCACAAUGCGAACCGCUGAGCUGUGAUAGGUACCAGGUGUGGGUGAAUGAUGGAAACUCUUUAAACGACACGAGCAACCGGGUGAUGAAUAUGUGCUAUGGCUUUGUGGCAGGUAUUGAGGGCAUUGCGGAUGAGGAGAUUGGGGGCCUGGAGAACAACUGGGACCUCAUUGUGAUGAUGGGCUGUCUGCCGAACCUACCCAAGGUGGACCUCCCUGCAAGCACCACCGAGGAGGAUUGGGGUCUACCUGACCCGGCUGCACACCCUGAACUUAUGGAUUCUGUGAUUGAAAAGAUUGUCGAGAAGGUGAAAGCUAUUUAA